CCACCCGAAGUGUGAAAGAUGAAGCCCUCAGUCCUCAUGUUCCUCCUUAUCAGCUCUGCCGCCUGCAUCAAUCUCAAAUACAUCUCCAAGAGAAACUCGGUGGACGGCUGCAUCGAUUGGUCGGUAGACCUGAAGAGGUACCGGGUCCUAGCAGGGGAACCAGUGAGGGUGAAGUGCGCCCUGUUCUACAGCUACAUCAGGACCAACUACUCCAUGACUCAGAGCGCCAAGCUCCGGCUCAUCUGGUACAAAAACAAAGGGGACUCUGAAGAGCCUAUCAUCUUCUCCGGCCAUCGGCUCAGCAAGGAGGAUGACUCCAUCUGGUUCCGCUCAGCUGAGCUGGAGGACAACGGCUUCUACACCUGCGUCCUGAGAAACUCCACCUACUGCAUGAAGGUGUCCAUGUCCUUGGCGGURGAGGAGAACGACGAGGGCCUGUGCUUCAACAGUAAAAUACGYCACCUGGAGAAAGCCGAGAUCACUAAGAGCAAGAUGAUCAACUGCCCAGACAUCGAGGAUUACCUCGCCCCUUACAAGCAGCCCCAGAUGACCUGGUAUAAGGAGUGUGAGAAGAGGACGUGGCGGAGCUCCAUCAUGGUGAACAUCACCAACAUCUGGUUUCCUGAGGUGCAGGAGGACGACGGCGGAAACUACACCUGUGAGCUCAAGUAUGGCAGCCGGGUGGUGAGGAGGACCACGGAGCUCAAAGUCACAGCUCUCCUCACAACCAGACCCCCAAAGGUCCUGUUCCCCACUGAGAGACAGACCAGUGUUAUAGAUGUCCAACCGGGUAUGCCCCUCAGUCUAGACUGUAAGGCCUUCUUUGGCUACAGCGGGGAGUCUAGACAUAUCAUCUACUGGAUGAAGGGGGAGAAGUUUGUGGAGGAGCUGGCAGGUCACAUUAAAGAAAGUGAAGUCAGGGUGCUGAAUGAACACUUGGGGGAAAAGGAGGUGGAGCUGUCCUUAACCUUUGACGCGGUGGAGGAGACGGACCUGGGAAACUACACCUGCUAUGUGGAGAACCACAUUGGACGGAGGAGUGGCAGCGCCAUCCUGCAGAAGAGAGACAUGUACAGGCUAGAGCUGGCUGGUGGACUGGGAGCCAUCCUGCUGCUACUGGGCUUCUUCACGGCCAUCUACAAGUGCUACAACGUGGAGAUCAUGCUCUGCUACCGGAGGCACUUUGGGGGUGACGAGACAGAGGACGACAACAAGGAGUAUGAUGCCUAUCUGUCCUACACAAGAGUUGAGCUGGAUUCCAUGGACAGGGGCUCCAGUGAAGAGGAGCAGUUUGCUCUGGAGAUCCUCCCAGAUGUUCUGGAGAAACACUACGGAUACAAGCUCUUCAUCCCCGACCGGGACCUCAUCCCCAGCAGUCACAGCAGUGAGUGAUCCCCCGCUUCAUCCAUCCCCCAUCGCUGUCCCUCAUGGUAGAGCUUCUCCCUGAUGC